AUGUCCCUCCUCAAGGAUCUCAUGGACCCUGCGCAUCACCGCUUCCGCAGGCGGUCCCGUGGCGCUGAACACCUGGAUUACGAGAACGCUGAGGCUACCGUAGAGCCACAGCGCCAGCUUGCAGCCCUUGUCAGGGAUGCCACAGGCAAGAUCGCCCAGCACAUGGGGGAGGUUGUCCAAGCCCAUUCAACCCUUAUGCAGGGGCUUCAACGGUAUUUCGGCCUGGAUGUCAGCGGUGUAGACACCUCCGCCAUGGCUCUCAUGCAAGAAUGUGCAAGUGUCACCGAGUCCUUCGAGCAGCACCUGAAGAAGGCCGGCUUUGCAGACGUGAUGAACAGUUGUGAUGAGGUCCUCCGGGAGUGCAAUGCUGUGGCCAGCCUGCUGCAUGACCGCGACGAGGCGCUCUCUGAGCGGCAGCACUACGAGGAGAAGGUCGCCACCCUGAACAGCGUAUCCAGGGGCGUGAUCACAGAGCAGAUUGCCCGCAACCGCGAGAAGCUCGAGCGCGCAAAAGAAGCUCACCAGGUGAAGGAAGAGGAUCUUACCACAGCUUUGCAAGUCUUCAUCUACCGAAGGCCUGUACACUUCCGGCAGACUUUGCUAGCCCUCUUCCGGCAGCAUAUUGGCGUGCUGGCUUUGGUAGGCUCCAAGGCUCAGGAGGCCAUGAAAGCUGUCAACAGCGAGCUGCAAGUUGGAGUCCGCGCCCGCGUGGUUGGCCUGCAGAAGGCUGUGGAUCUGAAUGAGCUGGUGGUGACCGUCCAGGCAGAGGAGAGUACCGGCCGCCGCUUUGUGGAGCUUCCCAACGGUCAGCAGAAGUCUGUUCGCGUGGAGAAUCUGUGCCCUCAGCCGGCUUUGGGGGACAAGGACAAGCAUGAAGCGACCAGUGUGACCCAAAGCGAGAAACCAGUUGAGAAGGCCACGGAGCCUCUACAACCUGCUGGUCCUCAGAGAUUGAGGUUGGAUCCUGCUCGCAUUCCCUGCAACGGGGCCGAAGUGGUGGUGGAGGCAAAGGACUUGGCAGGAGCCAUCAGUGAGGUCUCAGUGGAUGGAAACAGCUGCGAGGUCUUGGAGGAUCUGUCCAGGGGAGGUUCCUCAGCAGUCCGCGUGCGAGUCCCCGCCAGCCGAAACAGAGCAGGGGGAGUAGCAGAGGUGGAAGUGCGUUCAGCGGAGUGGGCACGCCACAUCGUCCGCGAGGAGGCAGCUAGCUACUUCCCCUUGAUCACCUUUGCCACCUGCAGCCCAAACGUAGCACUCACUGCGCAGGCUAGGGAGACAGACUACUUAGACGUGGCUACGCGGCAGAGAGGCUUGAUCAGUGCCGUUGCUUUGACCAGUGAGCUCUCUCCAGUUCAUGGGGACCGCUAUUUCUUCCAAGUAAAGGUCGAGGCCUUGGCUGAGAAGCGCUCAAACAAGACCCUGGCUCUUGGUUUCGUCUGGCCGCUGCCCCACGCACUUCUGCUGGACUCGGACGAGGCGCCGCAGAUGAGGCGGCGGGCAUCGCACUGGACAUCAGAUGGACACAUGCCCGAGCUUGCCUACCAACUACCUAGGUCCUUUGUGGUAGGUGGAGAUCCGCCCAAGGCUUACAUGGGGGGCAAGGAACUGGCAAAGAUCACCUGGCGGCCGUUGCUGGAAUGCACAGUUGGCACGGUCCUAGGUUUGGUCCUGGACGUGGGCCCCAGCACCCUGAGCCUCACUGUCUACCAGGACGGCGAGGAGAAGUGCAAAGUGGAGGGCCCCCUGAAUGAGGAUUGGAGAUGGCCUAGCCUGGGUGCGCCCAACGGCGUUGUGGAUGUUUGUGGGGCCGUCUCCAGCAUCUCGCUCUGCCAGGGGGCUCAGCCUCCCGAUCCGCCACUGGCGGUGACUGCAGGCGAAGACGAGGCAGAAGAAAGCAAGAAAAGAUCGCAAAUUCCUGUGCAU